AUGGUGCAGGACAAGCCUGGUACUGGUGAGGGCAAAACUGCGACUGUGACAACGACUUCCCUGCAGCCACUGCAUAUGCCCGCGACCCCAGCCUCCAUAUCAAUAAUCGCUAACAUGACCACCAUUGCACAACCCUUGGCACCUAGUCAGAUCGACAGCAUGCCCCCUCACAAUGCCUGA